AUGGCGAACGGACGAGACGACAAGUCGGCCCCCGCCGCCGCCGCCCCAGGCUUCGGUACCACCGCCGCCCUGUAUUCGUCGCAAGGAAACAUUUGGAACUCGUCGUUUGCUGCAGCAGGCAAGAGAGACGGCGCCAAUGCCAGAGGCGCCGCUGAAGAAGCAUUCACCACCCAGCCAUCGGGCUCCGGUGCCCUCGCUGCGAACUCAGAGGCCGAUCACUGGACGACUCAAAGUCCCUGGAACCAGGACGGCGCCCAGCCGCGAUCCGCUUCCGGCAGCACAUCCCCCAACCGCACCCGCGACAGCUUGCACAACACCUCCUCGUUUUUCGAAAACUCUGCUAUCGGACAAGGACGGAACUACAUCAACGGCAGGCCAAAGUCGUACCUGGAGGAUGACAAGGAGAAUGCCAGCUUCGGCGCCAGCUACAACAGCCCCUUUGACGGCACGUACGCCCGGCAGGAGAAGCGUGGCUCGAAAGACCCUGCGUUCCUGAACUUGGGUGUGGUUGGUGCUCCCUCGAGAGACAGCAGCAUUCCUCCCUCGCGUCAGUCUGACGAUUCGCACCACUCGCCCCCUGCCUUCCGAGACACAUUUGGCGGUUAUGGCCACACUCCCAGCAAUUCAAUUGCCUCGACUCGUCCCAUGCCCGCCCACUCGUCCUCUUUCCCUUCCCAAACCGCCAACAACCGAGCUUUCAUAGCCAACAACAGGCAGAUGGACGACUCGGACCUUGGCCAUUCCUUCAAGAAGUCCAUGACCCUGGACGAGGCCACCAACAUCACCCAGUCCAUCGGCGGUGGCGCACCUGGCUUUCAGUUCAACCCGGGGUCUCAGCCCUGGAGGGCCGAUGUCAACGGCGGGUUCCCGGAUGCCUACGCUGAAGCCGUGGCACAGGCACAGCAGUACAAGCGUGGUUCUAUCGCCAGCAUUUCCGGCGCUCCUGGUCCGUACCGCGCCGUCACCAGUCCCAAGACAUUCACCCCUCAGUCAUCCGAUCCCUGGAGACCGUCGUCCCGCGACAUGAGAAUGGUCUCAGACGGUGACCGCCGGACUCCCGUACAGCCUUUCAUGCAGGCUCAAGCACCUGCCUACUUCCCUCCCGCUUCGUACUACAACCCUGGCUUUACCGCGCAGUACCCUCAGUUCAUCGACCCCUAUGGUAGACCUCCUAUUCCCUUGCCCGGCUACGGCCUGCACAUGGCCCCGUACUCCAUUCCGGGAGUCAUGCCCAUCCGCCCAAGCAAGGACCAGGACCCCGGGAAGGGCGUUCGCAGCAUGCUCCUGGAGGAGUUCAGGUCCAGCUCCAAGUCCAACAAGCGGUACGAGCUCAAGGACAUCUACAGCCACGUCGUCGAGUUCAGCGGCGACCAGCACGGAUCGAGGUUCAUUCAGCAGAAGCUCGAGACAGCCAACAGCGAUGAAAAGGACCAAGUUUUCCGUGAGAUCGAGCCCAACGCCAUUCAGUUGAUGAAGGACGUCUUCGGCAACUACGUCAUCCAGAAGUUUUUCGAGCAUGGCAACCAGGUCCAGAAGAAGGUCUUGGCGUCGCAGAUGAAGGGCAAGGUUGUUGAUCUCUCGAUGCAGAUGUACGCCUGCAGAGUCGUUCAAAAGGCUCUGGAGCACAUUCUCGUUGAGCAGCAGGCUGAGCUGGUCAAGGAACUCGAGCCUGAGAUCCUUCGGGUCGUCAAGGACCAGAACGGCAACCACGUUGUGCAGAAGAUCAUUGAGCUCGUUCCCCGCCACUACAUUGACUUCAUCAUGGACUCCUUCCGCGGUCAAGUAAGCGGGUUGGCUUCGCACAUGUACGCCUGCAGAGUCAUUCAGCGCAUGCUUGAGCACGGCACCGAGCAGGACAAGGAGACGAUUCUGGCCGAACUCCACAACUCGACCCAGAGCCUCAUCACCGAUCAGUACGGCAACUACGUCGUGCAGCACAUCAUUGAGCACGGCAAGCCCGAGGACAAGUCCAGAAUCAUCCAACUGGUCAUUUCUCAGCUGGUCACCUUGUCUAAGCACAAGUUCGCUUCGAACGUGGUCGAGAAGUGCAUCCAGUUUGGCACUGCCGAGGAGCGCAAGGGCAUCCGUGAGCAGAUCACCUCGCAGGCCAGCGACGGUAACAGUUCGCUCCAGUUGAUGAUGAAGGACCAGUACGGCAACUACGUCAUUCAGAAACUCCUGAACCAGCUCGAGGGCUCUGAGCGGGACGCGUUUAUUGAGGAGAUGCGCCCUCAAUUUCUCCUCCUCCGCAAGACCAGCACCAGUCGCCAGCUCGCUGCCAUCGACCGCCUCAUGCACGCCACCGAGAACCCGGCGUCCAAGUCUGGAGGCUCUCAGGCAGACUCGACCGCGCCCACCCCGGUGCUGACGAUGGAGCCAAACAGCCCUCAGAGCAGCAGCCCCCCGAGCACGAACGCCAGCGCCAUUGGCGAGGUUACGGACGAUGACAACAAGUCCGGAGUGCCCGGAGGCGUGAGCCUCAAGGUGCAGUUGGAAGAAGCCUAA